AUGGCGUCUGCCGGCACUACGUCGCCCUCGAAACCACAACAACAUCAAAACCAAAACCACCAGCAAAUGAGUCCACCGCAGCAGCAGCAUCCGUCUCCUGCUGCUAAUCCUGCAUCCCCGCCUAGCAGGCGAGAUCUGAAGUCGUGGUGGAAGGCUUUCCAAACUCGGUCGAGGCACCAAGAAUCCCAAGAGUCCCAACCUAAGGGUAUAUUUGGUGUCCCUCUACGACAAAGCAUCACAUACGCGAACGUCGCCAUCUCGCUUGUCGACGAGGACGGUCAAAGCUAUAUAUACGGAUACGUACCAAUUGUAGUGGCUAAAUGUGGUGUUUUUCUAAAAGAGAAAGCUACGGGCGUAGAGGGAAUUUUCCGUCUUAGCGGCUCCGAGAAGCGCAUCAAGGAACUGAAAAUACAAUUCGACUCACCUGAUCGAUAUGGCAAAGGUCUCGUGUGGGAUGGAUAUACGGUUCACGAUGCUGCUAACGUCCUUCGACGAUAUUUGAAUGACCUACCUGAACCCGUAGUUCCGCUAGAUUUAUACGAGCGAUUUCGAGAUCCCUUACGCGGACACACAAAGCAAGCCGUCGGCGACACGGAGGGUACUCAACUUGUCGAGGAUUUCGACGAAGCUGAGGCUAUAGAAAAGUAUCAACAGCUGAUUAAGGAACUACCCCCGCUUAACCGACAACUGCUCUUGUAUAUUCUGGAUCUGCUUGCGGUAUUUGCCGCCAAGGCCGACGAGAAUCGGAUGACAGCUCAAAAUCUAGCUGCUAUCUUUCAACCUGGAAUGCUUUCGCAUCCGCAACAUGCCAUGGCGCCAGAGGAGUACCGACUUAACCAAUGUGUUAUUAUUUUCUUGAUUGAAAAUCAGGAUCACUUCUUAAUCGGUAUGCAAGGCACAGGCACGGAUGAGAGGACUAAACAAGAAAUUGAAAAGGGCCCACCGACGGUUGUAACACCCGCUACACCGAACCGCAACACUGGCGUUGCAAGGUCUGCCUCCAAUGCUAGCGCCGGCGCUGAGAGCGUCAGUAGGGAUGGUAAGAUUCGGCGGAAUCGUUCUACAUCGUCGCGGCACUCGGUUCACUCUAACGGUGCUUCCACACCUGGUAGCCCUGCUCUAACGCCGAAUGGUGGAUUGGGAAGAAGUAAUACAGUUCCGUCUAAGAAGUCGCCUCAUAUUCCUUCUGGAAAAUUCCAGCCUCGGCAGAGCUCGCCUAGUGUCUCGGUAGCACCAGCUUCGCCCUCGCCCGCUGGUUCUAACGUAGGUGCACCGCCGACUGUAGCUGAAGAAGCGCCAACCGUGGCUGAACAGUCUCCUGCGACAUCGCAGCACCUAACUCCGAUGGCGGCAGGGUCGCAUUCUGCCGGAAGAAGCCAAGAAAGAUUAUUAGGUCCUCCUGCCGAUAUCAUAACCCCUCUAAGGGAAAGGAACCUCCAGAGUAUUUUCCAGCGAUCCCAGGCUGCGGAAGGUGAAAAGCGCCAGCCCAACAAGCUACGCAAAAAGCGAUUACCUAGUAGUACCAACCCCAGUGCCCAGAGUUCGACCGCCUCACUUCCUCACUCGGAGGCAGUUUCUCCGAUUCAUGAAUCUUCGAAUCCGAUAGAACAGAAAGCUCUUCACCCAGGUCCUACUAACACGGAGAAUAGUACUUCUAUAGAGACACCGUCAGAGCCUACGCCUCGGGCGUCCCAGGUGCCAUCUGCGAGCGCCGCACAUGGUGAUUCGGAGAACGAUAAUACGCUCAAGGCAAAGACCUCGCCGUCAACAUCCCUACACUCGUCGUACAACGACGGGUCUGAUGUAGACCAGGCAGAAGGUGGCGCGCCUGUCUCUUCUCCGGAUGCCGCCGAGAAAAGAAAGGAACAUCGAUGGCGUAUAUCUCGACGAAAGGAGGAUUUCUCCAGCGAACAUGGUCACAACCUGGGUUAUAAUUCCCACGCCGAGUUAAGCACCUCUUCUAUUGGGAGUGGUCAAAGGCCGCGAAAGAGCUGGACAGGCGAAUCCUCAGAUGUGGCGGCAACACUAGCGGAAAGCGAAGCCGGAAGUAGAGAGAAGGAAGACUCGAAGGGUCCCAUCGGAUGGAUUAAGAACAAGUAUCGGGAAGCGAAAGAAAACGUGGAGGUUAAGCGCACGAAGUCCCCUCCGAGAGAUCAAGUACAGGCCUUUCUAGCCUCGGGAAGGAGUGCAGAAACUAUGGGAAGCAUAGACGAAAAAGGAGCGCCCACAGGUCCGAGCUCGGUUCGUGUUGCGACACCUGAGAUAAACUCGGUACGCGAGCCGCGUGAACCGCACGAAAUCCCGUUGCCAAGUUCUCCGCCGCCAACUCGAACGACGCACGACGAGAAGCCUUCGCACCCCUAG